GUGGGAGAGAAGGAGGGAAAGUGAGAGAGACAGACAAAUAGGCAGACACCCAGUGAAAUGUUUGGUAGGGUCAUGUGGAGACAAUAGACGUACUCAGCAUGAAUCAUACAUACCAGCAGUUUGUGCAGCAGCCAAGGGAGACGGACCAUCUGACGCUGGACCACGUCAACAUGGAGGCUCAUGAGAACCACGUGUCCCACAAGACACUGGGGCUGAGCUCCAGGCACCUGGUGGUGCGGCGUGGGUGGUCCUUCAAGAUCACCUUGCUGUUCAAUGACCCAGUGUUCAAUGUUCAAACUCUCGUCCUCGAAGCGCUGCUAGGUACUGGGAUAGGUGGGCUGUCUGUAGAAAUCCCUGUCACCUUCUCCAAUCGAAGGACAGUGACCCAGUGGAGCGCACAGAUCCACCCGGGGGAUGUGCAUUCCCGGUCCCUCACCCUCCACCUCUGCUCCCCCCCCCUCUCUCCAGUGGGGCUUUACAAGCUCCAGGUCAACAUCCUCAGAACCCACAGCAGACGCACCUACGCCAUAGGGAGCUUUGUUUUACUCUGCAACCCCUGGCUACAGGAGGACCCUGUGUACAUGCCCUCUGAGGAGCAACGAGAGGAGUACGUUAAGAAGGACCAUGGGGUUCUGUACAUGGGUACACCUUCUAAUGUCAUAUCGAGACCUUGGAUAUUUGGUCAAUAUGAGCAGGGUGUCCUGGAGGCAUGUCUGAACAUCCUGCAGGUCAGCCCCCAGCACAUCAACAACAGACAGGAAGACUAUCUGGCCAGAGGAGACCCUACCUACCUCAGCAGGGUGGUCUGUGCUAUGGUGAACUGUGAGGAUGACCUGGGGGUCCUAAAGGGCAAGUGGUCCGGGAGCAUGAAGGACGGCACGUCUCCUCUGGAGUGGACUGGGAGUGCCGACAUCCUGAAGACGUGGGCUCAGUCCAGCUUCAGCUCAGUGUGCUACGGACAGUGCUGGGUCUUUGCCUCUGUUAUGUGCACAGUUAUGAGAGUCCUGGGUAUCCCAUCUAGGGUGGUGAGCAUUUUCAACUCAGCCCAUGACACAAAUUCAAACUUGGUCAUAGAGGAAUACUACACCCACACUGGCACGAAACUCAACCUAUCCAAGGACAGCAUCUGGAAUUUCCAUGUGUGGGUGGAGUGCUGGAUGAGAAGGUCCGAUCUGACCCCAGAGUUUGACGGGUGGCAAGUACUGGACCCAACCCCUCAAGAGAAGAGUGGAGAUGUGUUUUGCUGCGGCCCGUGUCCGGUCCGAGCCAUCAGAAACCGUUGCUUUAACCUCCCCUACGACGCUCCAUUUAUUUACGCAUCGGUGAACGCGGCUGUUUUCACGGUGAUCCUCCGAGAUAGGGUGGUGGUGAGGAAGAGCUUGGACAAGGGGAGGGUGGGCCAGCGAAUAUACACCAAGUGUCUGGGCUCCAACGAACCUCAGGACCUCACGUGCGUCUACAAGUGCACGCAGAAUACCAAAAAUCAUACAACAUGCGGACAACAAGGUGCAGAUGAAAGUCUGGCAGUUUCUCUGAAGAUAGACAAGGUGCCACUGAUGGGAGAGAACAUCUGUCUAACUGUCAUCGUCACAAACCGAGCUAAUGUUUGCAGGGUCCUAAAGGUGCAUGUUAAUGCCCAAGCUGAAGAGUACCAUGGCAGGCCUAUGGAGACCUUUUGGGAGGCUACAGAGAGGCUUCAGGUGGGACCACGCAGAGCUGUGAUGGUGCGCCACCAGAUCCCUUCAUCAGACUACGAGCCAGUGCUGUUGGGGCAUGGUUUUCUGAACUUAGCGGUGGUCCUGAAGGAUGAACAGACCCAAGAGAGGGUUAUCGCCACAGAGGAGUUCAACAUGACCUCCCCGCAAAUCUCUAUAGAGGUACUUGGGGGAGAUGUCCUUCAGCUGAUGAAACAGCACACAGCCCUGGUCUCCUUCACCAACACCUCCUCCAGGCCCCUGAGGGGGGCGGUGCUGACUGUGGAGGCCUCAGGCCUGCUGGAGGAGAAACAACAGACCAGGAUGGUUCUGCUACAACCCUGUCAGAGCAUGGAGAUGAGAGUGACCCUCAGGUCAUCCACCCCCGGCACCAAGCUGCUCCAUGCCAGCCUGGCACACAGCAACAGCCCUGCCAUCAUCAGGAACCUCCACGUGCUCUCCGUUUCCCCCACCUGACUCUCCCCGGCCAGACCCAAGCUAACACUGAAGACUUUGAAAGCAUUUCUCCCUCCCUCGUUUAAAAGGUUGUUUUAGUAACCAAUACGCAGUAUAACAUGCAGUAUCUACACCAUAGCACCAAUGAAAUGUCCCCGUCAGCUGGUAUGAUGAUGUUUCGUUUUUACGUUCCCUUCACCAGGCAGGACUGGUGUAGAUUCACGGUGAUCACAGCCAUUAGACCAUCCAGUGAGGCAGUCAUGGCCACGCAGUCUUACCCUUCAUAAUAGGAUAUGCAUCUCUCGUACUCUUAACUGGUAGGGAGUGUAUCCUGCGAGGUCCAACACACACUGCUGCUGACAUGUGUGCUGCAGAGAUAAGACCGUGCACAAGCUUGCUUUGUCAGUGAGAACCAUGGUAAUAAUAUGUGCCAGUUACAGAUGAGCAGGAAUAUGUUUCAUCAACAAAGCUGUUUGUACAGUAUGCACUUUUUGCUAUUAGAUAGCUUGUUGAUGAUCUUAAGAGACUCUCCAGUGAAAUUACAUUUACAUUUAUUCAUUUAGCAGACGCUUUUUGCUUGUUCUCAUUUCUGUCUGUGUUUACCCAAAUGCUCGGUUGUGUGUGCUCUGUGUGUGUAUGUGUUCAUUUGUGCAUGUGUGACUUAUAGUCAUGGCUGUACUUGUACACAGUCUGACUAGCUGGUCUGAAGAUUAAGAGGCAUUUAUUUGACUAGUGCUCUGAUGAGCAGACAGCAUCAUCUGUUGGGGAGACAGGGUACUGAUUAAAGGUAUGAAAAUGGAUAGAAACUUUUGUAUACAUUUUAACACUGCAAUCAAACUGAUUAAUGACAAAAAUAAUAAAUCACCACAUUAAAUAUUGACUGUAAUCCUUGACAAACUCGUUUAAACUUGCAGCCAUGCUUGGUUUUCAUUGUCCUAACAAAGAUCUUAGCCUGGGGGUGAAGAUUUUUUUUUUUCACAUUCUUCUUUUUCUGAGACGAGUUAAAUUUUUAUAUAUGAUGUAACACGCAAUGCAAAAAUAAAACUAACAGGUCCAUUCAGUUAUUUAUAACUUACGCAUUAAAGGGUUAGGAAUAGUUUGUAUUAAUAGUGUGUUGUGGUUCAUACAUGAAGCAUUUGUAUGACU